UCCAUUCUUGGAAACUUUUAGAUUCCUGUUGGCAAAAACAAAAACAUUGAAUCGUCAUUGGUCUGCAGUUUACCUCUGUCUGAUUGGACAAACUCAUGGUGACGUUAUCACAGAAGAGGGAGAUAAGUGAGGCAGGUUUUUGCAUUAUAGUAUCAGCAAGAGCAUUGCAGGUGUGGUUAAAUGAAAUGUUGGCUGGUUUCUAUUGAGUAAAAUCAUUUUUUUUUAGCUUUUGGGAUGUAAUUCUGCUUUCACUGAUUCAUUGUUUUAGCUGGCAAACAGAGAGCAAUGGAAGCAAGAUCUACUUUUAAUCUUGAUUUUGAUGUCCAUCCUUGUUAUGAAAGAAAUAACAUUUCUGAGAUGCUGACUAGGACUUCCUCUACGAAAUGUUCUUUGUUGUACAUGUUUCUGGGCUCGCUGUCAGUUGUCACAGUCUGUGGAAAUCUGCUUGUCAUCAUUGCCAUCAUUUACUUCAAGCAGCUCCACACUCCCUCAAAUUACCUCAUCCUCUCUCUGGCCGUGACCGACCUUCUGGUUGGACUUGUGGUGCUUCCCAUCAGCAUCGUGUUUGCUCUCAGCUCCUGUUUGUACGACAGAGGCAUAUUCUGUAAAAUUCGAGACAGUUUUGACGUGGUUCUGAGCACAACCUCCUUAUUUAACCUGUGCUGCAUUUCUGUGGAUAGAUACUAUGCAGUGUGUCAGCCUCUAACGUACAGAGUUCGGAUGAGCACUCGGGUCGUUGCGGUCAUGAUCACGAUGAGCUGGGGAAUUUCCAUCUUUGUUGCCAUUGGAUUUGUGGUUGCAGAGUUAAAACAAGAAAAAUGUAAAGAUGACUGCUUUUCUGAUGUUGUGCUAGAAAAGGUUAUGGCGCCUGUCUUUUCCUUUUAUCUCCCAGUGCUCAUAAUGAUUUACAUCUACCUGAGGAUCUUCUUUGUGGCACAGAGGCAGGCUCGCAGCAUCCAGAACACAAACUCUGCAGCAACUGUCAGCCACAUGGAAAGGAAGGCCACAAAGACUCUGGCCAUUGUUAUGGGAGUCUUUCUCAUGUGUUGGCUGCCUUUCUUUCUUUGCUUUUCCCUGCAGGUGUUAGGUGGCGUGUCUGUACCGCUGUACGAAACACUGAACUGGUUUACUCUGUGCAACUCAAUGCUCAACCCAUUCAUUUAUGGUUUCUUUUACAGCUGGUUUAGGUCAGCUUUUAAAAUGAUCAUUUCUGGAAAAAUAUUUCAAUGGAAUUGUUCUAACUUUAAACUCCAAUGA